UGGCCACAGUCUCACCCCUUAGGGCUUCCUGGUGGGGUGUCUUAGGCCCCACCCCAGAGCUGGGCACUUCCCUCCCUGACACAGGGACCUGGAAUCGCUCUGCUCUGGGCUGCCAGAGGGAGACAUGGUGCUCCUGUUGCUGCUGCCCCUGCUGUGGGGGGGGUCCCUGCAGCAGCAUCCAGGCUAUGUGCUCCGAGUGCAGGAAUCGGUGAUGGUGCAGGAGGGUCUGUGUAUCCACGUGCCCUGCUUCUUCUCCUACCCGUGGAAUUCGUGGUAUUCCUCUAGUGAACUCUACACCUAUUGGUACCGGUACGGGGACAAAACAAACCGUGAUGAUCCUGUGGCCUCGAGCAACCCAGAUAAAGAAGUGAAGACAGAGACCCAAGGCCGCUUCCUCCUCGCAGACCCCACGACCAACAACUGUUCCCUGGACAUCAGAGACGCCAAGAGGAGUGACUCAGGACGUUACUUCUUCCGAGUGGAGAGAGGAAAUUCUGUGAGAUUUAAUUACCAAAAGAAGAUGCUGGAUUUGCACGUGACAGCCCUGACAGAGAGACCCCACAUCCGGAUAAGGGAGCCUCUGGAGUCCGGCCGCCCCACACAGCUGGCCUGCAGCCUGCCAGGGGCCUGCGAAGGGGGACGACCUCUCACUUUCUUCUGGGAGGGAGCCGCUGUGGACUUGCUGAACCCCCAGAACCUCAGCUCCUCGGUGCUCACCUUUACCCCGAGUCCCCAGGUCCAUGAUACCAACCUCACCUGUCAUGUGAAACGGGAAUGGCCUCAGUUGACCACACAGAGAACCAUCCAGCUCAGUGUUUCCUGCAGCCCGCACUCCAGCAGAUGUGUGACCGAGGAGCAGCAGGGCUCCUGGCCCCUGGUCUUCACCCUGAUCAGAGGGGCCCUCAUGGGGGCUGGCUUCCUCCUCACCUACAUCCUCACCUGGCUCUACUACACCAGGAUGGGACUGAGGUGCAGACACCAGGCUACAGGGACCGUCCUGGGACGUCAACGUCACCUUCUCCCUGGAAGCUCUUGACUCACCUGCCUCCAAUGUGCCCCUGGGGUCUCAGUGUGUGGAAGUGACUGAGUGACGCCAAGGGGAGUCAGUGCCAUGGAGAGAAGACUUUCCCUCCUGUCACCUCCGGAGAGGAGGGGCCGCUGUGCCCGGGAAGCCCGGAUUUCCUCAGGAAGCAGAUGCAGGUGCAGGGCUGCCUUGCGAGGGCCUUGAUUGGGUUCCCAUGGGAAACGCAGGCAGGGCAGGGUGAGCCGUUCAGGACCAGCUGGUGUGUGUCAGUCGGGGGAUGGGCCUGUGGGCGUGGUCUCUGUGUGUCUGGUCCCAGGUCCUGGGUGAUUCGGGGCAGGUGGUGAGGCUUGGAAUAUGGGCUCAGGUUGAGUUGGUUUGCAUCUGAAAUUCUUGCUGUUUCUGAGAAUGGGCCGCCCUGGGAGGCCCCUUGUCUCCUUAGCUUCCAAUCUGUUUAAUGGCUCAAAACAUCCUAAGAUACAGAAAUAAACAAUAAUACACACCCA